GGGCCCUCGACAAAAACCCAAUGGAGCUUCGAUGACAACGAUGUUGGGCCUCAGCUCUGGUCCGUUUCAUAUACACAUUCGCCUUCAUCUCUUCAAACAGCCCCACUCUCUCCACUGCGGAAGAGCAGAGCAGAUUCAAACUAUUCAUUCUACGUAAUCAAUCAUAGUGUAAAGUUUUGUUCGAUUGAAUUGCUUGGAAAUGGAUGCGGGUUCGAAUGGGGAGGAGCCCGUGUCGUGGGAUGAACUCUACAACAUAAAUUUGAUGCCUUCGGAGUUGUUUUUGAAGUUUAGAAAAGAGGUUCAAGGGGUGCGGGUUGGACUCAACUUGGAGUUCUAUAAUGCUCCAGUGAAUGAGUACCAGGCAAAGCUGGUGUUGAAGCCUCUAUCCCCAGAUCGGAGGUGGAAGUUCAUAUACGAGCCUGUACAUCAUGAUGUGCAUAUUCUUUCCAAAAAGAUCCCCAUAACCAAAUUUCUGAAUCUCCAGGUUGGCGUAGGUCAUAGUUUUCAGUUGCACACAACUGGUUGGAAAUGGAAGCUUACUACAUGUUUGGGUGGAAAUGGCAUAUCUAGGAUUCGUAAUAAGACAUCACUUGGCUUGUUCCCUGGCCUGGAUUUUCGAUUUGGGUGGACGGCUGAUUAUGUUCUUCCAGAAAUUACCGGAGCUGUCGGCACUGGUGAACCAUUGUUCAACAUGAAUUCAGGACGGUUGCAAGCAUCAUUAGAUAGAGUUGAGGCCAUUUUAACCCAUACAUCAUCAUAAAUAAUAAUUGUCAAAAGAACCAGGUAUGCAAAGAACCAGAUGAUCAGGUAGGAACUCAAAAACAAAGCAACUGCUAUUGGAAAUACUCCAUGCGCACAAAAAGGGUUGCUAUCAUAAUCACUGCUGGAGUCGCAAUCCUUUACUACGCCCUAUGGUCCCUCGACAUGGAAUUGUAUUGCCAUUGAUGGGGAUGUGCACAAGCAGAAGAGUCAUCAAAUCAAACAUUGUCUUGCUAUGUGUUGAGCAUUUCCCGCUAUGAAACAGAUCCAUGUAUUUAAUUAGCUUUACAUUUGAGUUUGUUUUGUCCUUGUUCA